GUGGAGAGCUGAUUCUUCAGCGGAAUCCUUGAGCUUUGCGGUUGCGAUUCUGGUUAUCCUCCUUUUUCUGGCUGCUGUGGCGGUUGAGGAAGUUUUUGUAGCUGGUGUUGUUGGGAGAAUGGUAGCCCGACCUUAGAUGAUGAGCUCGUCCAAGCUUUCGAAUUUCGAUUAGGUUGUUUUGUCCGGUUGCCAACUGCGAGUUGCAAUUUUCUUGCAGGAUUUUCACGUCAAUGCAGCUGCGAUUGAUGAGUAUUCUGAUAGCGCCUGGCUUCUGCAGUGAGCUUGUUCCCCUGCUCUGUUGAAUUUCACCUUUCGCCCAACUUCGCGCUGUAAGAGCACAUUGAAUUGUCUGCAUUUUUUCAGUGACACUCGAGCUCAAUUGGGUACUCUGAAAUUUUGAUAUUCGCAGGAGGGUUGUGUAGUGGAUUCAGGGUCCGUGGGGUUCUUCACCGAGAAUGCAGUUGACGAUGUAAUCUGUCAUUCUUUGGAUUCUGAUGGCUAAACCCCUGCUUCUCCCCGCCACUACUGCCCCGGUUCUCAAGAAUCAUAAGAAAGGUUUAGUCAAUGAAACAUCCCUAUCCUGCAGUUAUCCUACUGGGUCGAAUUACCACUUUAGAAGCAGUCCUCACCAAAAAUUAGCUUGGGAUCAGCGAGUUGUGGUGGUAGCGGUCUCAAGGAGAGGCUGGAAGCUACUGAAAGCUGCGCAAUCCCAGGAAAGAUUAGGUCUCGGUAAUGUGGCAUUUGGAAGGGCGACCAAUUCCCCUUCAUGCUUCGGAUGCCAUGACCAAAGGGUUCGCAGUGUUCAAGCUACAUUGCAAGAGAAGGAUGGGGUUGCACUGGAUGAAGAGAAAUCAGCGGCUAUGGAGACUUUGGAGCUUCUGGAGUGGCCCCGAGUGUGUCGUGCAGUGGCUUCGUUUGCUGCAACGACAUUGGCCAAAGAGCAGCUUCAGGUGUUGGAGAUUCCGGCAACGAGGGAAGCGAGUGAAGCUUUGCUCGAAUUGACGAGUGCUGGCGUGGAGUUUAUUUCUUUACUGGGCGGGCCCUUCGAGUUGGGCGUGUUGCGAACACAAGUGGUGAAGGAUUGCAUCCUGCGCAUACGCAAGGGUAUGGUAGUAUCUGGAGUUGAGGCCCUCGCCGUCGCAAUGCUUCUGCAAACCAGCGGGAACGUGCGGCGCCAGGUCUCGAAUACUGCACAGGAGUUCCAGGACAGGCAAAGUGUUCUGGAGCCAAUCGUGGAUAUGCUCGGUCCUAUGGCGACGCAUCCUGAGCUUGAGAAGGGCAUAUGGAGGAUAAUAGACGAGGAUGGCACAGUCAAGGAUAGUGCUAGUCCGGAGCUCAGGAAAGCUCGUAUACAAGAACGUUCAGUUGAGCAACGGCUUCGAGAGCUUUUCAACAAAAUAUCACGCGACAAGGGAGCCAACAUCCAAUCUGAGGAGGUCGUGCUAGUGGAUGGAAGAAUGUGCUUGGUGGUGGCUUCGGACAACCGCAGCAAUGUUCCAGGGCUUCUUUUACGAAGUGGCUCUGGAGCAACUUCGUACAUAGAGCCAGCUGGUGCAGUGCCCUUGAACAACAAGCUCAGCGAAGCCCGAGCGGAGGUUGCCAAAGCAGAGUACAAUGUUCUUUCGAGAUUAACUGACCAGCUGAGACCUUACCUAGACGACAUUCAGUUUUGUCUCAAUAUUAUAGUCCGCCUCGAUGUGAUAAUGGCUCGUGCGAGGUAUAGCACAUGGUUAGGGGCCACCAAACCUACAUUUAUCGACACCGAAUCUCAAAGCCUUGUUAGACUGCAAUUGCGAAGAGCUAGGCAUCCCCUGCUUGUACAACGACAUCGCGAGGCUCUAAGAGAUGCCAAAGCUGCACUUAAGUCUAAAUCCAAGAACCUUGGAAGGCUGAAGUCAAGGGCAGGCACGAUGAUGGCUCUUCAAGAAACAAAGGCCGCAGUUGCAGAAGCAGAAGCUGAGGUGGCAGAACUGGAGGAGAAUGCGCCUGUGCCGAUCGAUGUGCGGGUAGUUGGUGAAACAAAAGUGGUGGCGAUUACCGGUCCCAACACUGGAGGAAAGACUGCUACUAUUAAGACCGUAGGCUUAGCUGCUCUGAUGGCUAAAUCAGGACUUUUUGUGCUGGGGAUAGAACCGGUUGUGUUGCCGUGGUUCGAUGCCGUACUAGCAGACAUAGGUGAUGAACAGUCGUUAAGUCAAUCCCUUUCAACAUUCUCUGGUCACCUGCGCCGCAUCAAGCGAAUCAAAGAAGUGUCAACUGGCAGCUCGUUGGUGCUACUAGAUGAGGUAGGUGCAGGCACAGAUCCAACGGAGGGGGCAGCCCUCGGAAUGGCCUUACUUGAAUCAUUCGCUCAAAGUGGCAAGGGAGGUUCAUAUCUUACCAUGGCCACGACUCAUCAUGGAGAGCUUAAGACUCUUAAGUACAGUGACUCAAGAUUUGAGAAUGCGUCUGUGGAAUUUAGCGAGGAAAAGCUAAGACCCACGUAUAAGCUGCUUUGGGGCAUUCCUGGGAGAUCGAAUGCGAUCAACAUUGCAGAGAGACUUGGUGUACCAAAAGAUAUUCUAGAUGAAGCUAGGACUCUUUAUGGUGUUGUCAGCGCUCAGCUUAGUGAGGUUAUUAUGGAGCUCGAACUGGCAAAACGUGACUUUGACCAAGAUAUAGCAACAGCAGACUCUCAAAUCACGGAUUCAAAAAUGCUUCUGCAACAGCUGGUUGCUGUGUCGAAGAAGCUCCAAGAAAACCAACACAUGCUUGACGUGCAGAGGGCUGAUCGUGUAGCGGCAGCUGCAGGAGCUGCAAGGUCCCAGCUCCAUGCGAUUGCACGAGAUGUGAAAAGUAGUACCAAAGUGCCUUUGAAGGUCCCUCCGUCGUUUCAAAACACGAAUACCGAGGUGACGCAAGUGAAACAGAACAUGAAAGUUGCAACCAACUCUCAAGCUCCUAAAGGUGCUGUCCCAAGCGUUGGCGACAUGGUUUAUGUGCCCAAGCUUGGUCGAAAUGCCAAAGUUGUUGAAGUCAAAACUAGCAAAAAAGAAGUUACGGUCCAAUCAGGAGCAAUGCAAGUGAAGGUGAAGUUGAAAGAGAUACAAUGGCCUGGCCUUGUGCAAGCUUAAUCAAAGCUUACUCAAGUUCAUGACACUUGUACCAGGAUAGCAACAUGUUGAAAGAUUAUUCAUUUAUUUCAAGUGUAUUAACACAGUAAUGUUGAAUGAAGAGCAGGGGCCCCUGUUGUCUUUGCUGUGUACAAAAAACCUUGGUAGAAGAAUUUAUUCGUAGUAUAAUGUUUACAUAAUAUUGUAUUGUGCACUCCAAAAGAAUACCUUCUACCUUAAUCCUUACUUUUC